AUGACUGGGUCCAUUGCUUCCAUUGCAAAUCUCCUGUCAUUACGGAUCUGUCACUCGGCCUGUCCAUGUCACCAACCCGCCGCCCGAAGUCUAGGGAAAACGAUCAACGCUCCACUGCGAUUAUCAGUUAGAUAUUAUGAUAUUACCAUGUCAAAUCUGGUGCGGAUAACCGUACGUAGCACGUAUAACUCCCUCGGAAUCCGCUCUGGCCCUGUCAGCCUCGUUGAUUUCUCGGCUUUCUCAUUCGCAUCCCUGGCGCCAUAA